AUGCGUUUUCUUCUAUGUUCACUUUCGCUCGUUCUUUUCUUUUCUUCCGCUUUGGCUACUCUAGUCAAUGUGACUGUUGACGACCAAAACGAGGACCCCAUAACUCGAAAUACAGUAUCUUAUACUCCAGCAGACGCCUGGACUGUCAACAGCACCUGCGAUAACUGUUCCGCCCAAAUUGACGCGUCCAAAACAUAUGAUAACACUUGGCAUGUUGGUAAAUUUAACGGAAGUCCAUCGGUACUUCAAGCAUCGUAUUCUUUCUCCGGUACCGCGGUCUACGUAUACUGUAUUCUUGCACCCGCUUCGGAACACCUGACAGGGAAAAGCGAUAUGACUUUUUUCCUAGAUGGUUUUCAAGCCGGUACUUACAGCUCAGAGCAGGAUUCAUCCUCUCUAGGCUACAAAUACAAUACGAGUGUGUUUGCCAGCGAGACGUUAUCUCCCGGUAGCCACAUUAUCCAAAUCCAGAGCGGUCAUAGCGGAGGUGAUGCAUCUUUGAUUCUCUUGGACUCUAUCAUUUAUUCGUAA